GUUUUUAAAAAUCUAUUUUGAUGACGGAAAUUCCGUUGGCUGAAUAGAACGUCGCACCUGAAUAAAAUAGCAGAAAUUGCGGUUAAUCAAUCUCCCUUAAAUGGAGCAAAUCCUUAAAAUGCAAGUUUGGAAAUGCGGUCCUGAACCAGGACCGCUACGUCAGUCGAAAGCAUUUCCUAUGCGCUGACGUGGCAUGCGAACUAAUGUGAGUGGCCUUGGUAUGAUCGGAGUCGGGCGUUUUAGGGACAACAAUGGCGUCGGCCCAGGUCCUUACUUGAAGCGCAACCUUAGAAGGUUGCCAAUUUGACAAUUUUAUAUUUGUGGCGCCAUUUUUCCCUUACCACGGCCUUUGCGUGAACACGAUGAGAACCUAGCUCUGGAAGAAGGCCGAUCUGUAGACAUCAUUGUGCUUUUUAAAUUUUUUUUAGGGGAAUCAUGAUCGAUUUGAAGCAGAUAGUUGCAGCAGUUUUAACAUUAGGAAUGUUUGCAAUGCUUAUAAAUAUGAUCAAUAAUGGACCGUUUCUUGACACAGAUCAGCUAUCAUCCCAGGGAACUUAUGUAAAAGAAGCAGACCUCCGCCGAAGUUCCAAGGCAAGUAACCGAACAGACUCGAGAUUAAAGGAACUGUGGGGACGUCCUGGACCUGUUUUACAACCUUGCUGGGACAAGCACAUUACUAAUCUUAAGGGGAAAACAUGGGGAUAUAUUGGAGUCACGCUUUCCAAUGGUGCACACUAUCAUCGAGUACAGAUUGCAGAUGCUGUGGUGAUAGCCAAAUAUUUGGGGGCUACGUUAUUAUUACCGACCAUUAAAGAUGGCUACAAGGAACCAAAUGGACAGUUUGAGAAGAUUUAUGAUAUAAACAAUUUCAUUAUAAGUUUACAGAAUAUUGUGCGGGUUGUUGGCCGAUUACCUGAUGAUAUGACUUCUGCUAGUCCAGAACUAAUACAUGUACCUUACAAGGUAACACUUGAUUACAUUGAUAAACAUAUUCGCCCUAUCUUCAACCAGAAACCAGUGAUUUUUCUUGACAGUUUUCCUCAAAGUGUCAAUUCAAAAGAAAAUGAAGGAGAAGAUGCUGGACUUGAUGCAGUCAGGUGCUUAGUUAUGUACAAAGCUUUACGAUUCCAUUCCCAGCUUAUUAAGCUUGGAGGUAGGAUACUUAACCGUAUGAGAGAAGCAGGUGAUAUGUCAGAUGGGCGUUUCAUUGCUGUGGAUCUACGAGUCGGAGUGUUACAGAGGAAAGGUUGCAAUAGCAACAUUAGCGAGUCUAAUAAAUUGAAAAGCAAAUGUGUCAAUCCUUUAGAAUUUGGACAAUUUCUGAAAGAGCUUGGCUUCCCAACUAAUACAGCAAUAUAUUUGACACAAUCACGAUGGGAUCCUACCCUGGAUCCAUUAAGAGAGCUUUUUCCAAAUAUAUACACCAAGGAGUAUAGUAUGCCUUUCAAUGAAGAAAGGCAAAUUCUUUACACAGGCAAAACUCAAUUUGAGAAAGCUCUGGACUUUUAUAUCUGCAGCCAGAGUGAUAUUUUUAUUCCCGUGAUUCCAGGCAUGUUCUAUUCAGUUGUUGCUGGGGAGCGUAUAGCAUUAGGGAAGACACAAAUACUUGUUCCAAAUUUAAAGCAUAAUUCUGCAUCCAAGUUAAAACUUGCGGACAGUCUCUCAAGAUACAUGACAAAGAAAGAUCAUUCUGUAUAUUCAUGUUUCUGUUAAAGCUGCAUAUUCGUGCAGCUAAAAAUGUCACUAUUUUUAAUCAUUUGGAGAGAUUUUGAUAAGCAAUUCUUCUAGCAAGUAGAUUUGUUCAAGAAGCUGAACGAAUUGUUUAGCCACAAAUCAUAUGUAACAGCGUUCUUUCCAGUCCUCUUUUGCAAUUAGGGUCCCAAUUGAUUACACUUAGUUACUAUGCUACAUCUUCAAAAGUGAAUGCAUGUUUGAAGAGUACUUUAAUAAAAGAGUUUUCCUUUA